CUUGCCACACUUACAUAUGUAAACAUGGGGGGUUAGUGAGAACAUAACUACCGAGAUAUAUUGAAAUGGCAAGAGAGGAGGAGACUAAGGUGAAGCUCUUGGGACUGUGGGUGAGCCCAUUCGUCCGACGGGUCGAGUGGGCCCUGAAGCUGAAGGGCGUAAGCUACGACUACAUCGAGGAGGACAUCCUGAACAAGAGCCCCCUCCUUCUCGAGCUCAACCCUGUCCACAAGACAGUCCCUGUGAUGGUCCAUGAUGGGAAAGUAAUAUGCGAGUCGUUUGUGUUGUUAGAGUACAUCGACGAGACGUGGAAGCAUCAUCCGUUGCUGCCUCAUGAUCCUUAUGAUCGGGCCAUUGCCCGGUUCUGGGCCUGUUUUGUUGAAGAGAAGAUUUUGGAGAACGCAUGGAUUGCAAUGUGCUCCGAAGGAGAGGAGAAGGAGAAGGCCACGAAGAUAGCCAUCGAUGCCGUAGAGAGGAUCGAAGAGCUACUCAAGGGCAAGCAAUUCUUCGGCGGGGACGACAUCGGGUACUUGGACUUAGCCGUGGGUUGGGUCUCCCACUGGCUGCCCGUUUGGGAUGAAGUGGGAUCCACUAAAAUUUUGGACCCUUUGAGGUUUCCUUCGACCACUUCAUGGGCCACGAAUUUCUUGGGUCACCCCUUGAUUAGGGACAACUUGCCUCCUAAGGACAAGAUGUUGGACUAUUUCCACCAAAAGAAAGGGCGGAUCAUGGCCUCUAGGGCUCGCGUUUAGUCUUCUUUUUUGCCUUCCCGUCAUGGGCUCGUAUAGUUUCUCACUGAUAAGUAAUAAACGUACUUGUGCAGAUGCGCUCUGCAAUUGUUGCGUGACAUUUCACUGUGGAUGCAGUUUGAAAUUUAUCAUAGUUUGUCUUUGGAGCUUGGCGUUUG